CUCGGCGGAGUCCCGGGAAGGUCGCGGUGCGGGCCGUGGGCCGGAGGAAGGAGAGCUGCGAGGACCUGGCCGCCGCCUGCCGAUGGCGCCCGCCGGGAGGAAACGCAAGGCGAGAUCUAAGAAGCCGCAGGCGCCCCCUGACCCCAUGGCCGUCUAUGACUUUGAGAGUGACGAUCCGGAGGAGCCGAGUGGGCCACAGGCGGUUCAGCCAGGUUCAGGAGACCUGUGUGUGCCUAGCACACAGCUGGGGAUGGCCUCUGUUGACAAGAAAUGCCAGGCAAGAUCUGGGAAUUCUCAGGCCAUGGCAGUCUGUGAUUUUGAGAGCGAAGAGGGAAGGGACCUGAGUGAAGCAGAGGCCGAACAGCGAGGAAGCAGUCCAGCAGUUGAUGAUGACUCAUGGGAAGAAGUUCAUUCUACAGGGACAUUUGCGGAAGAUAUGCGGAAAGAAUUACGGGAGAUGUUGGAAAAAUUUAAAGAAGACAUUGCAAAGGUUCAUCACGAAAAGAGAAAAAGUUUCCAAAGAAACACCGAUGCGUCUAUUAGAGCAAUAUACCAGAAAAUUGAGCAUAUUUGGAAAAUCCAGGAUGAGCAAAGGCAGAAGCUUUUCCAGGAAUAUUCCCAGCAGUUUCUGACUUUAUUUCAGGAGUGGAAUAUAGAUGUGCAGAAAGUCAAGGAAGAAGAAGAAAAACUAGCUAAUUUGAUUCAGGAGCAAAAAAAUUUUUUUCAACAAACUAGAAUGCUUCAUCACGAGAGACAGAAAAAAUUAAACAGUCUAUACGAGGAGUUCUUAAAGAGCAUGGAGGACUUAGACAAGGAUCAAGAACAUCUCAUCAUGGAUGAAAAUGGUGAACUCAGACAAGAAAUGGCCGCAUUGCAGAACAACAUUAUGAUACAAUCUCAAGAGCAAGAUAUGGCAGUCGUUCGAAACUAUCUCCAAUCCAUGUUGUUCUGGUGAUUUUGAAGAAAGAACUUCAACCCAAGUUGUUUGUUAUAAGCAUAACAUUAGCUACACUAAGCCACAUUGCAGUGGUUUAAAUAUUUCUCACUAAAGUCAGUUCAUUUUGUUAUCAUAUGUUUGUUGAGUGUAGGACUCCUUUUCCAUUAACCACCAAAGGAACCCCAGACAGUUAUGUGGGUAGCAGUUAAACCAGAGUUGUAUGUGUGUGAAGCUUUCAGUGCUUUAGUGGCAAGAGCAGAAACUGCAAAUACGGAGUUUUACAUUGUUCUCCCUUUGGAAAAAUAUUACAAAAUAAAAAAUCUAUUUAAUCUGUGCACCCUGUUGUGUUUUCUCAGUAAGGAGCAG